GCACCAUAGCUCAGGGUUCACGUGGAAAUAACGUUACCCUGGCUACGUCCUGAUCGGCUAGAAAACUUAAAAUGUCAACCAAAUGCAAACGGUUUUUCGCCGUCUUUCACCACAUAAAUGUUCACUGGGGAUAGCCUAGACCUGCUAAUUUAAAUGGGGUGAUAACGUAAAUAUCCAAGUUAUUUUUUUAACCAAGGUGGUGGGGGACGUUUAGCUAGCAGUUAGCGGGACGGCUAUAAAGUUUAAAGUAUUAGUUGGUCAAGCUGUAAUGUUAAGUGUGCAGCGUUAUGAUGUGGAAAACAAGAUAGGUAGGCAUCUCUAAGAAAAGCAAAUGUGCAAUUUUGUCAGCUUGCAUGAACGCGUUCAGCCUAUGCUGCACCAGAUAUUUUCAGAUGUAACUCUAACUGUUGAUUUAACAACAGUUCAACGUGGGGAUAAGGUGUCUGACGUACUUAAUGACUACCGUUUGGAGAAGUCAAAAGGCACGUGCCAUGAAUUCAAAGGCUCAUUUGAAGAAGUAGAAGAAGUUUUUUGGAAGUUAUCACCCUUAAGGAGAUCAACUGACCUCAAAUAUCAAACCCAGGACUAUCAAGAUCACAGCUCUACCCAAAAGAUAGAACCUGUGGAGGUGGUUGGAGUUGUAAUGGACUACAUUAGUCAAAAGUAUUCACAGGAACUUGAUAGAACGGUUGGGAAUAAUGUUUCUCUGCAACUGAAUGGAGCCAAAGAUAAAGUCUGUUUUCACCCUUUGGGAAACAGUACAGACAUGGCUCAACGUUGUCUUUUUGCAAGAGAGAGAUUUAUCACUUUCUAUCAGAAGAUUGCAACAGACUUGAAAGCAAGGACGUUCGAUAUUGACCCAACAUUGAAGGUGACCCAACGCAAAUACAUAGAACGUGAAUUUCCAAAGCUUAUGAUAAGCAGUAGUUCGGGCAGUUAUGCUUCAAGCAGCAUUUCAGUGACUGGCAGCUACGCAGACACAUUAAGAUUCGAGGAUUUUUUAAAGAACGGGGGUACGAUGUCUCAAAGGCCUACUACACAACACAGAUGGCAGUCACAGACCACUGUCGAUGGUGCAUCUGGGUUCUCGAUGACACAGAAUCAGCGGAAGCAAGAAGAAGAGAAUUGUCCGAUUUGUCUAGAUGCAAUAAAAGAAUCACAGAAGAAGACUUUGUCGCAGUGUAAGCACUCGUUUUGUAGAGACUGUUUAAACAAGGCCUUUGAGUCAAAGCCUGCAUGCCCAGUUUGUGGAAUACUCUAUGGUAACCUGAAGGGCACACAGCCAGAAAAUGGUACCAUGACAUUCUCAACUGUCAAAGCACCUUUACCAGGAAAUGACUCGUAUGGGUCAAUUGUCAUCAGAUACGAAAUACCAAGUGGAAUUCAAGGGGAGGAGCACCCCAAUCCGGGCCAAAGAUACGAAGGCACGAGCCGCACAGCUUUCCUCCCAGACUCCCGCGAGGGAAAGAAAGUGCUGAAGCUCCUCGAGAGGGCCUUUGAACAGAGACUCAUCUUCACCGUUGGACAGUCCUCCACCACCGGCAAGAGUAACGUUGUCACCUGGAACGACAUUCACCACAAAACAAACCGCAAUGGAGGGCCCGUCAACUAUGGUUACCCUGACCCUGAUUACCUGGACCGCGUGCAGGACGAACUGAAAGCUAAAGGAAUUUAUUAACCUCUGCUGCUUCUUCCCGGUAACCACCACACAAGCACACACAGACUGUUAUAAUGGAUCCCUAUGGUUCUGAGCAGGUGAAACUCUUUUUGGAAAGAGCUUCACUUUAAAAUGAAGUUGUAUUGACUUUAAAAUGAUUAUUCUACAAAAUAUACUGUAAGAAAAGACUCAAAAAAUGAGAAAUUGGUAUUUUAUUUUACAAAGAAAGUGGGCACAACUUCACAAUUGAAGCCUUUGUAUAGUCAUAUAUGAAACAUAGUCUACAGUUUUGGGUGUAUCUUGGGUGUAAGUUAUCUGCUUAAUUCAAGUUAUGUAGAAGUUUGUUGUAUUGUAAUACCAUUGCCAUCUCUAGUUGGGGAAAAUGGACAAUGUGAAUUUGUUUUAGGCACACAGAUAUGUCACUGUAAAUAAAGCACAGGGAAAAGACAGUUGAUUUUAAACAAAUCUGAAUUUAAUGAACAUAAACACACACGUUUGCUGCUAUAUGCAAAACAACAAAAUGGCUCAAAAAAGAAAGGGUUGAUUUGCUUUGCUAAAUAAGGAUAAGAUUGUAAAAACCUAGGACAGAGUAUUUGGCCUCCAUGUUUUGUGGCAGUAUUUACAAUAUAAAUGGUAUUGUCAUAUAUUUGCCAUGAAUAAAUUUCCAUAAGGCACCAAAGGUAAAGUCACAUACAUUUUCAAUUUGUGCAGGAGGAAAAUAAAAUCCACAAAACCAAAUAAAUGUAGCAGUCAGUUACAAUUAAAAUCAAAUAAAUAUUAAAAUUUGUGCGAUGUGGAAUUUUGAAAAUGGGAUUAGCCACUUUGUGUCACAAUAGCUGCAAAGUUCCUUUCAGUUAUAGUCCCCAAAUUACAGCAAGAAAUGAUCUUUCUCCGUUUUUUGUGUUGUUGCUUCUAACAGUACUGCAUAAGUUCAGUUCAGGUGUUCCUUCUUUGUACUCAAAUAAAAUGACCAGUGCAUUCUUUAAAAAAGCCAGUACUAUCUUUUUUAAAGCAUACUGGGGCAGGACGGAGUCAGUUAAGCUCUUCCACAUUUGGACGACCAAAUUCACCAAAAUACUAAGUCCACUCAUUUGUGUAACAUACUAAGGUUUACCAUUUUUCUCCAUUUACGAUUUAACUAAAACAAAAAAAAAAAAUAGGCUCCUAAGUAUUGAAAUUAGCAGUAGGCUACUAAUAACUAAUAAUAAAAUAAUAUAAAAUCUAUAAAUCAUGUUAGAUACUUGAUAAGCAUCAAUUAAUUUUGAUAAGCACCAAAUUUUCCAUCUAAAUACGCAGAUUAAAAGUAAAAUGCAUUUCUAUGUCUAAAGGAAAAGCCAGUGUAAGGUACGAUGAGGGGCUUUACAAAGCUGCACUGUUCUUUGAAUCCUGUGCUGAAGGGAACAUUAGCUGUCAGUGGAUGGAACACGUUUUGUAAUACAGACAUGCUGACAAUGGUAAAGUGAUGGAGUUUUGUGUGUUUGAUAUUAUAUGCACCUUAGUAAUAAAAAAUAAAUAACCUCUGUAUUCAAACAACUGGCAUUCUUAACAUGAUCUUACAUCCACAUUAAUGUACUGAUUGAAAUUGUCCCCCUUAAUUGUAUAUUUCAGUUGCCACUGUUAUUAUUCCAGGCACAUUUGACCAGUGUGAUCACACACGUCAUUUAAAAGGAUAGAUGAGUACAUGUAGCUCCCUCUGGAAGCUUGUUAUCAUAAAAACCAAGAUUGCGGGUGACUUGUGUUGUUGAACUCAGAGCCAACAGUCCUCUGGCGAUUAUUGGGAAAGGCCAAUUCUGUCACUCCAUCAUAACAGGUCUUGUAGCUGCUAUACUCAUUCUCAGUGGAUCUAGAUAUGGGUAAAAGCUAUUACUGGUCUUUCACUGGGGAAGGGAAAACUGAAUUCAUAUCAAGGCAUAAUAUGUACAUCAGGAGAAGCAAAUCUUACAGAGUAGGAGUAACAUUGAUUGAGUCUAUGACCCAAUGCUGAUUUGCAAUUAAUAUACAGUACACUGGAAUUUGUAGAUAUGAUGAAAUAAAUAGCUUUGAUACACUGGAAUUUGAAAAAUUAAAAAAAAAAAAAAGAAUUUCGAAAAUAUACAAUGAUUUGCAUUGAUUAUACACUCCAGCAUUAAGAGCUGCAUUUUUUUUAUGACCAGGUUCAAUUCUUAGCUUUAAUACAAAUAAAAAUUUAGUGUGAGUCACAAAACUUUGAAAAUGUAAUUAUUUGUUUCGAAGCAAAUCAAUUAGUUGCCUGACCUUAACAAUUCAUAUAGUCUGAAAGAUCAGAUUUAAGCUCAUUAUUGCUGUACCUAAAGAGACCAGAAUGCAUCCAAUCUCUAAAGAGAAAACCGGUGAAUUAUGGGCUAGAAAACAUUGGGGAAUUUCUGACUUGAAUAUAUAAUGUUAUUAUUAUGUGGCCAUUUAUCAACAUCUGUUUAUGAAAUUUGAAAAUUCCAUGUAAUCACAGUACAGACAAAAGGCCAUGGAAAUUCACGUAACUCUGGGCUGACAGGUAAGCCUGUAUUUAAAACACUUUUGUAAAUAAAGCAAGAAAUACAAAAGAUUGCUGAUAUCUAAAUCCCUCUUCCUUCUCAAAAACAUUUUGGGCAAUUCAGCCACUGUAACUAAGCAUACUGACAAUAGUGUGUGUGCGUGUGUAAAUUAAGUCAAGCAAGUUUUGUUUUCGUUUUCCAGAUCUCUGAAUAUGGGCGUAAAUUAUUUACAGUAUGACUGCAUUCUUUGCAUUAGAUUGAACUGGUCUUUUCAGUUAUGAUAAUAACCCUAGUGUUUCAGGUUGAUUAGGCUGAAAAGUGACUCAAUGGAAAUGUUAAUCAUAGACCAGUUGUUGCUGCCAGUGAACAGAACUUUGAACAUUUAUAUUGUUGUGGGAGAGGAACAGUCAAGCUUAUGGAAUUAGCCAGAGUCUCUCACAACUGUUUUUUUGUCUUGUCAAGAAUUAGUGAGCGCGUAUGAGAGACACACGUGAGCAACUUAAAUAUACCAAAAUAAAGACGUUAUCACCCGUUUUGAACUGUAUGUAUGGUUUACCUUGCAUCCAGUCUGGUGGCAGCCCUACUUGUCUUGUAUCUUGACUUUACUUUUGCCGUCAAAUGAAGGCUCACAUUCAAAACCCUCUGUUAAACAACACAUUAACACCAAUGUUUUUUUUAUUUUUCUUCCCAUAAACGAAGCUUAAGAUGGAAAAAGGCAUUUUCAGAUGACGAUUAAGUUGAAACAUAUAGUACAAUAAAAGUUUAAAGUGCAUUUUAACACCUUCAGUAUACAGAAAAUACAUUGUAAAUUAAAAAUGUACAACACUUAGUAAACAAGGUCUGAUGGCACCUUAUUAUACAGGAAUAGCAAAGUUACCUGCAAAGGCCCAACGUCUGCCAGAAUUCUCAAACUUUUGCCAAAGUGUAAUACCAAUUUCAAUUUUAACUACAAAAGUUAAGUAGUCCAUCUGUCAAACUGGAAGUUCCUGAAAAAUGGUAUUUUUCCUUUAUUUAUAAACAUUGCAAAAUGAUUCUUUCUAAACUGUUUGCUACAUAUUUUCCACGUAAAUACCUGUGGUCACACCAGGGGUAUAAAUAGUGUAGCUGUUAAGAUUUCAAAUGUAUGCAAAUUUGUUCAAUGUCGUUGGGUUUUGACAAAACACGUUAGAUUCACGUCUUCAGCUCAAAAGCCAGCUUUGAGACUGAAGGGGGCGUGGCCAGGCAGCGGUAUUGCAUUGGUCGUCUUCACCCGGUGGCAGUUUGAUUGCCAAUCACGCGCAGGAUCUCCCUGUAGAUACAGGCAUCUUGUGUGUUGAUGCUUGUGUCACCAACCUGUCCGUCCUCAUAA